UGUUCUAGCCGCACCACCCAAGUGUCUACAACCAACCAGCAAACUAACUAACGCCACCCUAACCCACCCCGAGCCACCAACAUGGGUGCCGUAGUCUCCUGCAUCCAGUCCAUCUUCCGCACGAUCGGCAGCGUGAUCAUGGCCGUCGUCGGCGGCGUCGGCAGCAUCCUGCAGGCCAUCAUCGGCGGCGUCGUCGCCUUCGUCGGCAUCGUCGUCUCGUUCCUGACCUGCGGCUACUGCGGCGGCCACCGCCGGAGCCGCCACGCCCACACCACUACGACCGCCGGCACCGGCACCGGCAUGCGUCGCCGGCGCGGGUGGGGAGGCCACCGCCGCCACCACGCCACCACCGCGAGCCGCAUCUAGGCGUGUGCGAGAGAGGAGAGCAGAGGAGAGGAGAGAAAAAAAAAGAAUAGACGACGGUACGACCUAGCCGUGCCCGAGCCGUGGAGGAAGGCACAUUACCACGG